AGACCCUUUAUCCAAAGGGGGAAAAAAAAAAGAGGUAGAGAUACGUACUUAAGAAAGUCUUGUCUUUUUAAAGUUGGUGCCUUAGUCACUUUUCUUCUUGAUGAUGUUUGUGGAAAUGAACAGUAUUUAGUAUUAGUGGUCAGACUCAGAAUUUGAAUCCUAGCUCUGUCUGCCACUUGCUGGGACACAGUACUUGACAGCCACAGCUUAAAAGAGGAAAGGUGUAUUUUGGAUCAUGCUUUUCAUUCUGUAGUUGGUCAGCUCCAAGGCAGGAAACCAUGGUGGAAGGGCCUGGCAGAGCAAAGAGGCUCACCUCAUGAGCAGGCCUCCAGGACACCAGGGUGAAGGGCAGAGCUGGGAGGGGGCACCAGGGCACACCACCCGCUGAGCUGCCUCUCCUGACAGACUCAUCCCUGACAGCAGGGAGCUGUACACCCUCAUGCUGUGCAGCAUCUAGGUACAGACUGUUAACAGUGGGGAGCAGCAGCAUGUGCAGAAAUUUCCUUAACUUUCCAAGUAGGAUAUUUGCCGACUCUAAUGUAAAUCUGUUUUCCAUUUUGUUUUCUAUACUUUCUUAUCCUAUGCAGGUACUGUACUAAAAUAAAUAAAUCUUACUUUGUGUAUGCUAAUGUGGGUGUAAAUAAAAUCCAUCAUGUUCUAAGUAAUUGAUUUUUUUCCCCCAGGUGCUACAAAGUACACAGAUAAGGACAAUGGAGGGAUGCUCGUGUGGUCUCCCUAUCACAGUAUCCCAGAUCCCAAAUUGGAUGAAUAUAUUGCAAUUGCAAAGGAGAAACAUGGCUAUAAUGUUGAACAGGCACUUGGCAUGCUGUUCUGGCAUAAGCAUAACAUUGAGAAGUCCCUUGCUGAUCUCCCUAAUUUCACUCCCUUUCCGGAUGAGUGGACAGUGGAAGAUAAAGUCCUAUUUGAGCAAGCCUUUAGUUUUCACGGGAAGAGCUUUCACAGGAUUCAGCAAAUGCUUCCAGAUAAGACAAUUGCAAGCCUUGUAAAAUAUUACUAUUCUUGGAAAAAAACUCGCUCUAGGACCAGUUUAAUGGAUCGCCAGGCUCGUAAACUAGCCAGUAGACGUAAUCAGGGGGACAGUGAUGAUGAUGUGGAAGAAACACACCCAAUGGAUGGGAAUGAUAGUGAUUAUGAUCCUAAAAAAGAAGCCAAAAACGAGGGCAACACUGAACAGCCUGUCCCAACUAGCAAGAUUGGGCUGGGCAGGAGAGAGUACCAGAGCUUGCAGCACCGCCAUCACUCUCAGCGCUCUAAGUGCCGCCCCCCGAAGGGCAUGUACCUGACCCAGGAAGACGUGGUCGCAGUUUCCUGUAGUCCCAAUGCGGCCAACACCAUCCUGAGGCAACUGGACAUGGAGCUGAUCUCGCUAAAACGCCAGGUUCAGAAUGCUAAGCAAGUAAACAGUGCACUUAAACAGAAAAUGGAAGGUGGAAUUGAAGAGUUCAAACCUCCUGAGUCAAAUCAGAAAAUUAAUGCCCGUUGGACCACAGAGGAGCAGCUUCUAGCAGUGCAAGGCACAGAGCCCACAGGCUCCUCGGACUCUGGGUCCGUCACCUCCUGGCCCCUCGGCCACUCCAGCACCAGCAGCCUCCAUUGCCACUCUGAACCAGCCGCCACCGCUGCUCCGUCCAGCACCGCCUGCUGCCCCUGCUCUUCACCGGCAGCCGCCGCCUCUGCAGCAGCAGGCUCGGUUCAUCCAGCCCCGGCCGACUCUAAAUCAGCCUCCACCGCCUCUCAUUCGCCCUGCUAAUUCUAUGCCGCCCCGUCUAAACCCAAGACCAGUGCUGUCCACAGGGGGUAGUCAGCAGCCACCGUCCCUCAUCGGGAUUCAGACAGAUUCACAGUCCUCACUGCACUAAAACUAAGUCGGCAGCGCUGCAGUGACUUCUCACCCCGUCGUUACACCAGUGCUCCUCUGACUGAUGCAAAAGGGGAAACCAGUCCUUCCUAGAUACUGAGGCUGCAAAAUAAUUCUGUGGCAGUGGACUAACAUUAAGUGGAUGUCUUAAGAAACCUUUCAGUUCACUAUACUAAAAUACUGUAUAACAAAAAGCUUCCAGGUUACCCUUUUUAGAGGAUGUGUUCACCAAUGUGAUCUCAUGAAAGGAAGAAAAAAAGAUUUAAGUAUUCUAUAUACCAAGGGGUUUUUUGUUUUUACUAUAUUUAUUUUAUUGAGGUUCUUUAUACUCCUGCCUCUUCAUAGUCAAGGCUUUUAGUACAGGAUUAUUGACUUAGGAAUUGUAAAAACUUACUUUUUUAAGUUAAGGAUGUUUGCCCUUUUCUUUUAUUUAAAAAACAUUUUCCUAUGUUAGGAGUGCAAGAAUAAAUAGCCUGCAUUUCACAUUUUGAUAUGUGUUCAUUUUAUUCAUAUUUUAAAAAUUAUACCUGCAUAUCCCUUUUUUCAAAAUAUGUUGCUUUUUUUCUAAAGGAAUUUUACCAUAUUCCUUUAAAAGAAAGCACUUUAAUCAAUUGCAAAGCAAUUAUAUAAAGCCACAAAGAAUGUACCGAACCUACUAACCCUUUAUCAUACAGUGUAGGGUCCUAGUACAAAGUCCUUAUUUAAAGGUCAUUGACCCUGUCAUCUAUCAGUAUAAGAGGAUUGGAUAGUAAUUUUACAUACAAAUGAGGACUUAAUUUGCUGAAAUAUAAUGUCUUUAAGUUCUUGAAAAUGUAGUUAAUUUUGGAAAAAAGUUUAUGUUUCUAAAUGCUAUUUGCUUUUAGCUAGUAGUUGCCUACAUUUGGAGACUUUAGAAGAGAAUUAUAUUUUGUCAGAUACGUAGAGAUAGGGGUUAUGGAAACCUCUAUUUACAAUACCCUUUUUGUGUUUAGGUUCUGAACUUAAAAGUGCCCUCAUACUUAUUAAUGUAGUCUCAUUCAUUAUGAAGGGUGUUCUCUUGAUUGUACUAGUCGGAUGCAUUCGUGUAUUACCUUGCAGCCAACCUGUACUCAAGGGUUUGGUUUAGGGUUAAAUCAUCUACAUUAUUUCAUAAAAUGAAUUUAAGAAUUUGUUCUGCAUUAUCUAAAAAUGUAUCAGUAUAUUGUCAAAAUUGUGCUGUUAACUGAAAAAAAAAGACUUCAAGUCUUGAUUCGAUAAAUAAUCAUUAACACCCCUGUAGUAUUUCAACCAUAUGUACUCAUAUUUUUGAUACAAUGAUUUUAUAUUGGAAUCAUGACUGUGUGAGGAACAUAUCGCUUUGAUUGCUGUGCUAGUGGGACAUAGGCUAAAUGUUUGCACGUGCACAUUCUCAUCACUUUCAGGACCACUCACCAGCCACCAUCAAAGGCCCCAGUUUUAAAUUUGGAGAGGUCAUAUAUUCCCCCAGUAUUGAGAAAAUAGUCCCUUUCAUUGGCUCUAUAGCCUUAAAGAGCUGUAGAUCUAAAAUCACUCACUAGUUUAAUAUUCAAGUUUAGGCCACUUCAAAAGGACACUGCAUAACCAAAAACAUUUUGCAGGAUAGGUCCUUUUCUUUCUCAUUGGGUCAUGUUAAAUAGUUCCUGCCCUGGAUUAUAAUCAGAUAAAAUUUAAUUUAAAAUUCUUGAUGUUAAAGAACUUACACUUAUUUUUACUUUAGAAGCCAUGAGGGACAGUUAUAUUAACAAAAAUCUAGAGAUUUUUAAAGCACUUAGAUUGUCUUGCGUAUGUGCAUUCUAUACCUGCACAGCUUUUAUUGUCUUGUCUCUUGUCAGUAGACCUUCAGUACACAGUGUGUGGGAUAUGUCCAUCAAGCUGGUCAGCACCAGCAACUGUCCAGCUGUUCAUUACAUUGUGAUUCACUUAAAAUCUGUUCUAUCCCAGACAUGGGCCAAAGUGCUGUAUCUGAGGGAUGUGCUGUAAUUUUACAUGCAUUAGAGCACACAGUAGAAGUCUUAGCUUUAUUAGUAAUAUGACACAUGUAUAUAGUGAGAUGUCUUUAUUGUGUGCUUUGCAUAUUUUGUAAAUAUUUUGCACGUCAUUUUCUUUUUUGUUUAAGCAGUGUUUGGCCUGGAAGAGUGAUAUGCUUGCUGCUUAAUCAAAGGAUUAAAGAUUUAAAGAUGUCUAUGUCUU